GGUGAAAGCUUCUAAUCUUUAUUAUGAUUACUGUGAAUUGUUGGAUUCAGCGUGAUCAGGUUCUAAUUAGUUCAAUGUGCGUGUCAAACAAAAAAUUUUUAGGUCUUGGUUUUGGCUUCUUGACUUUGAUAAUUGGUGUUACUUGGCUAUACUUUGGCAUUCAAAAACGAAAGCUUAUUAAACUGAGAGAGAAAUUCUUCCAACAAAAUGGCGGUUUGCUAUUGAAGCAGCAACUUUCUUCAAAUGAGGGUGGUAUGGAAUCAGCUAAAAUCUUUUCUGCAGAAGAACUACAGCACACAACAAAUAACUACGCUGAAGAUCAUAUCCUUGGCCGUGGUGGUUAUGGAAUAGUUUAUAAAGGAAUUUUGAGUGAUAAACGUAUUGUUGCAAUUAAAAAGUCGAGAAUAAUGGAUCAGGACCAAAUUGAACAAUUUAUCAAUGAAGUAAUUAUCUUGACUCAAGUCAAUCAUCGAAACGUGGUGAAGCUACUAGGAUGUUGUCUCGAGACAGAAGUUCCUUUGUUGGUUUAUGAAUAUGUCUCCAAUGGCACACUCUUUUACCAUAUCCAUAACAGUGAGAGAAUGCCUUGGUUUUCUUGGGAAAAUCGUUUGAGAAUCGCUGCAGAGUCUGCUGGUGCAUUAUCUUAUCUUCAUUCGGCAGCAGCAAUGCCAGUUAUUCAUAGAGAUGUCAAAUCUCCCAAUAUAUUGUUAGAUGAUUACUACACAGCAAAAAUAUCAGAUUUCGGAGCUUCGAGGUUGGUGCCUAUUGACCAAACACAAGUAACAACUCUAGUCCAAGGAACCUUAGGUUAUCUGGAUCCAGAGUACUUCUAUACAAGCAAAUUGACAGAUAAAAGCGAUGUUUAUAGUUUUGGAGUGGUUCUAGCAGAGUUAAUGACAGGAAGGAAAUCCCUUUCUUUUGAAGUACCUGAAGAAGAAAGGAACCUGGCCACUUAUUUCGUUCAAUCCGUGAAAGAAAAUCAUCUGUACAAAAUUCUCAACCCAAGAGUUCUGAGGGAAGGGAGUUUUGAGCAACUUCAUGCAGCGGCUAAGCUUGUCGAAAGAUGCCUCAAGUUAAAUGGAGAGGAAAGGCCAACAAUGAAAGAAGUGGCAAUGGAGUUGGAAAGGUUCAGAAAGCAUAAUGUUCAAGCAUGGAUUCAACAAGAAAUUCCUCAAAAAAAUGUGGCUUUGUGGUUAACAACUGAGGAACCUGACCUAUAUCAAGUUUCAAUAAAUUCUGAGUUCGUUACCGGGGAGUUCUCAGAACAAAAUACUAUGGACAGCUGCCUGUUACAUGCGAUCAACACUCCUCGCUAAAUGGUGAAAAGUUCCGAACUUCACACGUAAGAAGGUCCUGAAAUGAUGUACGAUUACUUCUUCCUUUCUAUCUUUUUCGAACUUUAUCUUUUGUCAUCUUAUUCUGCUUGUAAUAAGUUCAUCUCUUUUGAUUAAGAACUUCCUUUUUCUUUUUC